AUGGGAUCCGAUAAGAAGAAUACUCUUCCACUCAAGUUCAAGCUUCCAAGAGUGGAUACUCUCUUGGCUCUCAGCAGCAAAAUCACUUCAUGCAAAAAGAACAACUUCAUCUAUAGAUAUAGACAGAUCAUGGAUCUUCUUACCACCUAUGUAGACGUCUCAGCCUUGGUGGCCUUAUCUCAAUAUUAUGAUCCACCACUCAAAUUAUUUACAUUCAAAUACUUUCAAUUAGUUCCGACAAUUGAAGAAUACAAGAGACUGCUAGGUUGGUAUGUGAAAGAUCACCCUCCCUUCACAAAGUUGGGUGAACUGUUGAUGCCUAAAUCAGUUGUUGAAGCAUUGCACAUAUUUGUUGAAGAGGUAACCCUUGGUCUAGGACCUAGGGGUUUUUCUAGGAAGUUCUUAGAAGAGAAGGCAUGGGCCUUGGAGAAAGAAGGGAAAUGGUUUCCCUUCAGUGCUACUCUAGCCUUCUUGACUUAUGGACUCGUCCUAUUCCCAAGUGACGAUGACUAUAAAAACCUUUUUAUCAUCAGUGCAUUCGUAUCAGGGAAUCCUAUCCAUGCAUUGGUGUCUGAUGUGUAUUACUUCUUACACACUAGGCACAAAAAGAGAAAAGGUGUGGUUAUCAUGAGUUGUGGAGACUUCCCAAAUGUGCCACUCAUGGGCCCCCGUGGUUGCAUAAAUUACAAUCCCUUGUUGGCCAUGAGGCAGUUGGGAUACUUGAUGGAGAAUGAACUUAAGGCUGAAUUACUGAAAGAUGUCUUUUUACCCGGUUUGGGAGAAGAGAAUCCAAAUCUAUUGCAGAAGAUUAAACAAGCUUGGACUCAAAUUCAUCGCAAAGGAAAAGAGUUGGGUAAACGUGAUUGUCGAGCUAAAGAGUCGUAUCGCCAGUGGGUGGUACAAAGGGUGAAAGAAGUCAAGCUACCUUACAAUAUUGAUGUACAAGUUCCUCCACCAGAACUAGAGCCAAUAGAUCAUUUUUCUGCUCUAAAGAAUAAGAGUUUGGGUUGGCUCAAUGAGAAGGCUCGUAUGAAUGGUCUUCUUGAUACUUAUGCUGGAUCUAUCAACUUGUUGCAACCUGUUGUCGUUAUGUACCAAGCCAACUAUGAUUUCUUAGUAAGGUUCUGCAAUGAGUUAACCAAGGAGGUUCCUUGGAAGCUAGAAGAUGCUCUGGAAGAUGCUUAUGAGAAUACUACUCCAUACUCGAUACUCUGA